AUGAGUCCAGAUGAGGAAAAACAACCCGGCUUACCCCGAAGGAUCGACAGUGUAGAGGAAAUCAUAAUAAAAUGCGAAUGCUAUGUGAAGAAAGAUGGCGAAGAGCGGUUGGCAGAGAUAUUAUCAAUCAAUUCGAGGCGAUCCCCGCCCAAAUUCUACGUUCAUUACGUCAAUUUUAAUAAGCGACUGGAUGAGUGGAUAACGGCAGACCGUAUCGAUUUGGAGAAGGAUGUCAUAUUUCCCAGGCCAAAAACUCUAGACGAUGAUCUCAAUAAGCAGAAGAAAAAGAAGAAGAAGACACCCGUUCCUUCUCAGGAGCGCAAUGCUUCAAGCUCUGAGACCCCUGAAUCGACUGAUGUGAUGGACUUGGAGGAUUUGAACGUUCAAGGGAUACAGGAUGAGGAGCUAUCUCGUGAAGACGAGAUUAAGAAAUUAAGGACAUCGGGUUCAAUGACACAAAACUCUCACGAAAUCGCAAGAGUCAGGAAUAUCAAUCGCAUUAUUAUGGGGAAAUUUCAAAUUGAACCAUGGUACUUUUCGCCCUAUCCGAUCGAGUUGACCGACGAAGAUGUCGUUUACAUAGACGAUUUCACCUUGCAAUAUUUUGGAUCCAAGAAACAAUACGAACGCUAUAGACAAAAAUGUACUCUUCGGCACCCUCCAGGGAAUGAAAUCUACAGGGACGAUUACGUGUCAUUUUUCGAGAUUGAUGGAAGAAAACAACGGACAUGGUGCAGGAAUCUGUGCUUAUUGUCUAAGCUCUUCCUAGAUCACAAGACUCUGUAUUAUGAUGUGGAUCCAUUCCUGUUCUAUUGCAUGACCCGGCGGGAUGAGCUGGGCCAUCAUUUGGUCGGAUAUUUUUCCAAGGAAAAAGAGUCUGCCGACGGAUAUAAUGUGGCUUGUAUUUUAACGUUACCUCAAUAUCAAAGGAUGGGCUACGGUAGACUUUUAAUCGAGUUUUCAUAUGAACUUUCCAAAUUGGAGGGCAAAGUGGGAUCGCCGGAGAAACCGCUAUCUGAUUUGGGCUUAUUAUCGUAUAGAGCGUAUUGGGCUGAUACUCUGAUAACCAUUCUAGUGGAUCAUGGUCGGGAAAUUACAAUUGACGAAAUAAGCUCAAUGACCUCGAUGACGACAACUGAUAUUCUACACACUGCCAAGACACUGAAUAUUUUGAGAUAUUACAAAGGUCAGCAUAUCAUCUUUUUAAAUGACGACAUAAUGAAGCGAUACAACCAACUACUAUCGAAACCAAGGAGAAAAAUCAAUGCCUCUAAACUAAUAUGGAAGCCACCCGUUUUUACAGCUUCACAGCUACGGUUCGCUUGGUAG